AUGCUGAAAGCCGCCCGUUCGACAACUGCUCACAAUAAUACCCAAGAAGUUCAAGGGAACUUAUCGCAGGAAGGAAAUGGAGAGACUUACUCUCGUACCAAUAGGAAUAUUGUCACUGCUUUAGAGCAUAUGCUUCCCUCUAGAAAUGAUCCAUUUGAUCUCUUCUUACAGGGAGAUAUACCAGACCCCUUCCUAUUUACGCCACUAACCCCCACAGACAACAGUCCUUACAGCGAAGGGCGGGGUCCCAUCCAUACAGAUGUACUCAGAGUAUGGAACGCCUGUCGGUUCGUUAGGAUGGGAUGGAUUAAGGCCCGUGAAGCAGUUGUUCUCGUCGAGCUAUUCUUCCAGAAUAUGUUCCCCCUCUCGCCUAUUUUAACCGAAUUCUACAAUACACCUGAGAAUCACUACUGGCUCGUAACUCAGGAGCCCAUGCUUUGCUGCACCAUAUUAAUGAUAUCGUCAAGAUACCACGUUCUUCCGGGGCUCGGUGGUACCUCCCGAGCAUAUUCUAUCCAUAAUCGACUAUGGCAGCACUACCAGCAUCUCAUCCUCCGCAUCAUACUAGGCCAGGAGAAGCUCUCAAAGGCAAAGACAAGACAUGUUGGCUCUAUCGAAGCACUUCUUCUCAUGUGCGAAUGGUAUCCCCGGGCACUAAACUUCCCGUUGGAGAAUGAUGGAUGGGACUCUGAUCUGAUUCUUACAGAGCCAGACUUCCGAGACCCCCCGCCCCCAGCGGACGAAAUACCCAUGUCCGAUCGCUGGAAGGAAGAUGUCGUUGAGCCUACUAGACGGUCUGAUCGGAUGUCGUGGAUGUUAGUUAGCACUGCGUUAGCACUGGCACAUGAGCUGGGUAUUUUUAAGAGUGAUAAAGGGAAGAGGAUGGAUGAAUAUGAUGUAACUGGUAUGCGGUCAGACGCUGGGGCGUACCUGGAACAAUUGGAGUGGCGACGUCGCCGCCUUCCUUCUUUGCUGUACGUAUUUGCGAACAUACUUGCCUCGCGGUUGGGGUGCACACCUCUUCUUCCAGAGAUGCCGGUAGUCAAGGCGGUUGAGGGUGUCAUGGAAUGUCCCUGCGCAGACGAGGAAUGGAUGUAUUUCAUGGAUUCGUGGGUCGACUUGACCCGGUUGGCGAAAGAUAUUACGGACACACAUUUCCCGUCAACAGCCAGGGACGGUGAUCAGGGGAAGAACAUCAGGUCCUCACAAGAUUGGGACAGCUUGUUAUACCGUUGGCAGGCAAGCCGGCCAACAUUGAACGCCCAUUUGGAAUCCAUCCUUCACAUUGAAUACCAAUAUCUCCAAGUGUUCACAAACUCUAUCAAAGUUCAAUCCCUGGUCGAAAACAUCCUCAAUUCACCUACCCAAUCUGCAAUGACCGACCGCACCUGCAUCGAUGAAGUAAUCAAUAGGUCGUCCGAGAUCCUGCAAUGGGUCCUCAUCCAAUCAAGCAUUCAAUACCUCCCCAUUCGCGUCUUCCUACGGGUGAUCAGCUCCUCGAUUUUCCUAAUGAAAGCCCUCGCGCUAGGCGUCCGAACCACGCAACUCCACGGCUCAUUAAAUCUCCUCGAACAGACGAUCGCUACCCUGCAAUCGAGCUCACUAGAUGACAUGCAACUUGUAUCGCGAUAUGCAUCCCUAUUGCAGAUCCACGUUUCGCGUCUGCGACAGACUUUUAUGGCUUCGGCGCAGGAGAGGGAGAAGGGUGUUCAAUCCGGGGGUCAAGAGAAUACCAGUAGUGACUCACUACCGGGGCAGACGGAACUAGUCCAAGGAUCGCAUGACCCUAUGCUCGGGCAGUUAGAUGAGGGUGGGGAUGAUUGGCUUUGGUUGCCUAUUGAUCCCCUGAUGGCACCGUUUGGCACUUGGGAUGAGAGUGGCCAGUUGGACUAUGGAUUGGAUUCGGCGCAUUUGGACUUGGAUUUUAUUUGGAAUUUGCCGCCAUGA